ACAGUAGAAAACGAGCGCGAUCACGAGUAAGAGAGAGAAAGAGAGAACACGAGGCACCUCAAAUACACCAGAGUCGGGAUCUGAAUGAAUGCACGUCAUUUCGAGUCAUUCAUAUAUCCGCAGGUUGUCCUCGCGCGGGUUCACCUCAUUCUCUUGCGUGCGUUGUAAAAAGUUAGAGCGUUCGCUAACGUACGCAACGCAGCUCAAACCAGUGGGGAUGAAGUGCGUGUUGCAAAGGCGGGAAACAACCGUGAGGACACAAUCUCAAAUGGAACGACAUCGACACCUACGCUAUCAGCACCACCACCACGUACAGGCUGGGCAGUGCGUACUCCAACAGGGCUUACAUCAUCCUCAACAACGGCAACGUCAUCACCAUUAUCAGUCUCGUCACUCAACUUCAUCAUCUUCGUCAUCAACCUCAUCAUUACAAGGAGUCCAAAGAUCAGAAUGGGUUGACCGUGCAGCUGCACUGUCAUCAUCAUCAUCACCAUCAGUUCGUUCAGCGAAUUCCGUCGUUCGGCAACAAGUAUCAUCAUCAUCAUCAACUAUUCACGAACAACCACCCCAGGUAUCAAGUGUCAGUGGAGCAAAUUCAUCAACACUUACAACGCCAGUGCUUACAACAAAUCACACUGCCCAAUCAAAUGGGCGUUGGCCUGAACGUUUAGAUCUAAGGUUACCACCGAUGUCAAGUCAAAAUGGGCCGUUAUCACGGCCACCGUCAUCUGCCUCAAGUGGAGGUGGUACAUCACCAUCUACUAGUAAUUUACCAGCACGUGUUCAUGGUCACGACCAUACACGUCCAUUGCCACCACCACGAUUACCCGAAACAAUAUCGACGAUAGCCCCGCUGACGGCGCCGUUAACGCCUUUGUCAACCUCAAGCAGUUUUCGUAUGAACUCACGUUUUCCGUCGAUGAAUACAACACCAACUACUGCAAGUUCCGGUGAUAGUAGUACACAAUUGCGUAAUGAUCGCACAUUAGGUGAAGUUACAUUAACAGUUCCACGACCGGAUAUCGAACGUAUCGUAAACGAAUACGUCGAGACUCCGUUUCGACAGCCGUCAAAUCAUAAAUGCUUGAAGAAUGAAAGGAGACUACAGCAAAACCAACCUCAUCACCAUCAUCAUCAUCAUCAUCUGCCACAGCAAUCGCAGCAGCGCCAACCCCAGCAACAGCAGCAACUACCGCAGAAUCAGCAAUUACUCAAUGAGCAACAACAGACUAAUCAACAAUCGUCUCAUGAGCAGCAACGACAGCAUCAGCAGAUCCAUGAGCACAAAAACGUUGAAGCUCGGACUGCACGACGUCAUCAAAGCAACCUGCUGCAAUCAUCAGCAAGCCAACAUCAGCCGGUAACUAAACAACCGGUGUCAUUUACGAAGGAACCAGCUAAUACAGGUUCUGGAUCUUUAGGGCGACCUAAUGACACUAGUCUAUCGAUAAUGUGUGAUUAUUGUGGCAAGUGUAGGUGUGAAUCAUGCCGUGAACCUCCGCCAUUACCGAGCCGAUGGUUAUGUAACAAUUCUUGCUUUUGUUCAGCAGAAACGGCAUUAGACUAUGCGUCGUGUUUAUGUUGUGUUAAGGGACUAUUCUAUCAUUGUGGUGACGCAAAUGGUAACAGUGAUUCGGAAGCUGGUGGUAGUUGUGCUGACGAACCGUGUUCAUGUGUUGGGUCACGUAAAACGGCACGGUGGACAUGUCUUGCUGCAUUGACUAUGGUAUUGCCAUGCCUAUUAUGCUAUUGGCCUUUAAAAGGAUGCGUAAAGGUAUGUGAAGCCUGUUAUGCACGACAUGCUGCACAAGGGUGUAAAUGUGAUCCGACGACAGUUGGUCGUUCAUUUGGUGGGCCACCAGGUGCGUUAAUGGUAUCCAGAGAUUCUCGUGAUCCGGAAAAACGACUAUUGGAUCCUAUUACACCAGAUUUAUCGUAGUACUAGCAAUAAUAACAAUUUAAAUAAUAAUAAUGAUAAUAAUAAUAAUAAUAAUAAUAAUAAUAAUAAUAAUAAUAAUAAUAAUAAUAAUAAUAAUAAUAAUAAUAGUUAUAAUUCUAAUAAUGAUUAUAUUGAUCAUAGUAAUAGUAUUGGUAACCACAAUAAUAAAAAUAAAAAUAAUAAUACCAAUAAUAUAAAUAUUAAUAAUCCUAAAAGUAAUGGUAAUAAUAAUAAUAAUAAAGGAAACAAUAAUUAGAAUUAUACUGAUAACAAUACCAAUAAUAGCAGUUAGAAUAAUUAAAAUA